CUACCGAUUGCCGCUAGAACCCUCGUAAAAAAUCUGACUAGCUAGCUACUUGUGUAGACCGUCCCGAUGCAUGGGAUCCACUUGACGACCUUCGGUUCGGAAUUUGAGUAUUACUACUAUUAAUGAGGCGUGAUGAUUGACUUAUCUCACAGACUCACACACAAGUGCACAACUGAAGUAUGCCAUUGUCGACAAAUUCCAUGGCUCUAACAAACUUGUGCUCAUGCCCAAGCAGCAGAGCUCAUCAGCUGCAGCUUCUAUGCUUCUGCUUGGCCCUCUCACUGCAUGUCCCUUAUCAUGCCAAUUCUCUCUCCUUCAGCUACAGCUUCUUCAACCCUGAUGACUUCAGGCCGGAGGACGACGCGCAGGUCGUCGAUGGCAGGAUCGAGCUGCUCGGCGACGAGUUCAGAGGGCGUGCCAGGGGGCGGGUGUGGCACAAGCAGCCGGUGCAGCUAUGGGACGGCACCACCGGCGAGGCUGCCAGCUUCACCGCGAACUUCAGCUUCAGCAUCGAGUCAGUGGCUGGCAAGGGCGCGGCAAGCGCUGGGCACGGCAUGACGUUCUUCCUCGCGCCGUACACGCCAAACUUGCCGCAGGAGUCCUACGACGGCUGCCUCGGUCUGUUCGAUGAGAGCCAGGCGCUUAACUACUCCAAGUUCAACGCGUCCGGCGACUCGAGGUUCGUCGCCGUGGAGUUCGACAUCCGCAAGGACAUCUGGGACCCGAGCAGCCAGCACAUCGGCAUCGACAUCAACAGCAUGGACUCCCGCGGCGACUACACGGUCUUGCCAGACGGCAGCCUCGUCGACGCCGGCGUGAUGUCCGCGACAGUCGUCUACGACAACCGCACGCGCAGUCUUCGCGUCACCCUGAUGGUCGGAAGCGUCACUUACACGUCCGUAGCCACCGUGGACUUGAGAAGCUUGCUGCCGGAGAAAGUCGCAGUUGGUUUCUCGGCGGCGACAGGCGACGAGUACAACGCAAACCACACGGUGCUUUCGUUCUCUUUCGCCUCGACGUUGGCAACCAAGAACAGCACCUCCAUGCCUGUGACUGUGACCUCGUCCACCAAGAAGGCCACCCUGCAACUCGGCGCUGGAGCGGCCGCCGCAGCGUUGCUGGUUUUCCUGCUCGUCGCCACCGUGGCGCUGCUACUAGUUCGGCGGUCAAGCAGAAGGGGCAAGAAACCAUACGAUGACGAGCAGCUAACCACAGACGGCGACGACUCCCUCGACGCCGUCGAUGACAGCCACUUCGAGUCCAGCACGGGGCCAAAACCUAUCCCGUACGCCCAACUCGCGGCGGCGACGAAGGACUUCGCGGCGGAGGGAAAACUGGGGCAGGGCGGGUCGGGGUCGGUGUACCGCGGCCACCUGAAAGAGUCCGGCCUCGAUGUCGCCAUCAAGGUGUUCUCUCGGGGGGCGUCCAUGGAGGGACGGAAGGAGUACCGGGCCGAGGUCACCGUCAUCAGCCGGCUGCGGCAUCGGAACCUGGUGCAGCUCAUCGGCUGGUGCCAUGGCCGGAGGCGGCUCCAGCUGGUCUACGAAUUGGUCAGCAAUGGCAGCCUCGAUGACCACCUCUACAGCACAGAGGUGACACUGACAUGGCCGACGAGAUACCAGAUAAUUCUUGGAUUGUCUUCCGCCGUGCUGUACCUUCACCAAGAGUGGGACCAGUGUGUCGUCCAUGGCGACAUCAAACCGAGCAACAUCAUGCUGGACGAGUCCUUCAACGCCAAGCUCGGCGACUUCGGGCUGGCACGGCUCAUCGACCACGGAAUGAGCCUGCAGACCAUGACUGCCGUCGCUGGCACGCCAGGGUACCUGGACCCGGAGUGCGUCAUCACCGGCAAGGCCUCCCCCGAGUCCGACGUGUACAGCUUCGGCAUCGUGCUGCUUGAGGUCGCCUGCGGGCGCCGGCCGAUGGCGCCGCCAGCGAGCACGGGCGAGGGCAAGGACGGCCAGGUGUUCCGGUUGGUGGAGUGGGCUUGGGACAUGCGCGGCCGGGGCGCCGCUCUAGACGCCGCGGACGAGCGGCUUGGUGGAGCCUUCGACCCGUGGGAGAUGGAACGCGUGGUCUCCGUCGGGCUCUGGUGCGCGCACCCGGACCCAAAGAUGCGACCGCGGAUCCGCCAGGCUGCCGAGGCACUGCGGUCGAGAAGCUUCAGGAUGCCGCUCCUGCCGCCCAAGAUGCCGGUCGCCGUGUACCUGCAGCCGUUCGGUCCCUCCACCCUGCACUUCAGCGACACCACCACCUCCGUCGGGUCUUCUGUUACCGUGCCGUACACUUCGACCACGAGCCGUGCGACGACGGCGACGGGGACGGGGAUGUCUAACUCCAGCUCGCCGCCGGCGGUCACUCAACACUUGAGCCCAAGAGCAUAGGUCAAAUGUACAACUGUACGGCGUACGUCGGUAUGUGUGUAGUGUAAUUUUGUUAAAACAAAAUACACUUAAAAGCUAGGCAAAAUUUCCUAAUGUAUUUUUGAGAAUUAUGUGCACUCAUCGCAUGAGACUUUCAAUUGUCCUGCUACACCUAGCUUUUAAAAGAAUAAAAUAUGAUUAUGGUGUAUCUUGGAUACAACUUGCUUUUUA